AUGGACCUCCAUCAUGUCCCAACCAUUCAUCCAUCUUCUGUGUAUAUGCAGGUCAUCACCCAUCCGCUCUACAGCAGCACGACUAUCAACAAUGACAUUGCUCUGCUGAAACUGUCGUCUCCAGUCACACUGACUCCCCGUAUCUCUCCUGUAUGUCUGGCUCCAUCAACCAUCAACAUCCUGCCUGGAACCCGCUGCUUCACCACUGGCUGCGGUAGGACUGCCACCACAACGAGCCCUCUGAUCCUACAGCAAACAGGUGUACCCAUCUUAAGUCCUGCUGUGUGCAGGCAGAUCUGGCGUCAGAGCAUGAUCACUGAUGCCAUGAUCUGUGCUGGAGGAGCUGGAUCAUCAUCUUGCAUGGGUGAUUCUGGUGGUCCUCUGGUGUGUGAGCGUUCAGGGGUCUGGUCUCUGGUGGGCUCUGUGUCCUGGGGAAGAAUCUCUUGUGACACCCGUUAUCCAGUAGUCUACGCCCGCAUCUCCCAACUGCGCUCCUGGAUAGACACGACUAUCGCUUCCAACUAG